AUGGAAAUCUAUCUCGCUUUACUUGUGUUGGCCGGUUUGGCUGCUGUAUCCAAGGCAGAUCCGAUUUCGAGCUGUACUAGUUUUUAUACCGUUCAAUCGGGAGAUUACUGCUAUGCCAUCGCAAUGAACAACGGCGUAUCAAGCUACCAAGUCCUGGAACAAUUAAACUCUGCUGGUACACCAAUGACUUGUGCAGGUGGUGCAGACCUCCUCCCUGGCCAAGUAAUCUGUAUCGCUGCAUCCGGAGCAUCCGCUCAAGAAUGUGGGAGUGGAAUUGGAUCUUGUGCGACUGGAUGUUGUUCGCAGUAUGGAUUCUGUGGUACCUCAUCUGCACAUUGCGAAGCUUGUUAUGCUAGUCGGAUGGCCGAUGUGGAGCAGAUGUUGGAAUUUCUUGUACUGGAGGCCAGUGCUGCUCACAAUAUGGGUACUGCACGAUCAUGUAUUAUGCAGGGCUCAUCUUCUGCAUACUGUGAUAUUGGCUGCCAAUCCGCAUUUGGAUCAUGCACGAGCUCUUCCGGUGGCUCCGGCUCAUGUACACCCAGCACAGUCACUACAACAGUAACAAGUGCCACUGUUACAGUCACCAAAACUACAACUGUCACUUUGUUCACUCCUGCCCCUGUAACUGUUUUCGUUACCGGUUUUGGCGCACAAGCAUAUACUCCAGUAGCAUCACCAACGACAGUAGAUUGUACUCCGAUCGCAUCUCCCACAGCCACAGACGCUACUCCAAUCGCAUCUCCCACGGCAACGGACGCUACUCCCAUAGCAUCACCAACUGCAACAGACGCCACUCCGGACGCGACUCCGAUGGCGUCGCCCACGGCAACAGACGCCACUCCAAUCGCAUCACCCACAGCCACAGACGCUACUCCCACAGCAUCACCCACUGCUACAGAUGCCACUCCCAUGUCAUCUCCCACCGCAACAGACGUUACCCCACUGGCAUCACCAACAGACGCUGCAGGAGCAGCGUCACCAACAGACCCUGCUCCUGUACCAUCACCAACGGACACUGCUCCUGUACCUUCACUUACUGUAACAGAUUUUACCCCAGCCCCAUCCUCAAAUCCAACCGCACUCUAG